UAAAAGCCUCCAACCAUGGAGGGAGCUUGGGUUUAGGAGAUCCACCAAAUCCCUCGCCCGAUCUCGCUCCCCCUUCUUCCUCGGCGCCGGCCGGCGCCGUCGUCCACGACCAUCUCCGGCGGCCGAUCUCUUUCGGCAGCAUGGAUUGCCCCAAGCGGAGCACGCCGGCUGGCCUCCCCUACGACGCCAUCGUCGAGAUCCUCGCGCGUCUCCCCGCCAGGUCCGUCCACCGAUUCAAGUGCGUCGCCAAGGCCUGGCGCGACCUCAUCUACGACCCCCUCAACCGCAAGAAGCUCCCCCAAACCCUGGAAGGGUUCUUCAUAGACCAGCCGAUCGACGAAGGCAGCAUCGUGGAACAUUUCGAUUUCCUCAACCUUUUGCCGAGAUCCGUUCCUCUCGACAUCGAUCCUCGCUUCUCUUUCCUGACCACGGGGCUGCCCGAGAUUGAGGAUCUCGUCUUCGCGGAUUCCUGCAAUGGGCUCUUCCUCUUCCAUCAUGUCCGGAUGUCAGACUCAUUUGACAUGUUGGGCUACAUCGUGUGCAACCCGGCGACAAAGCAGUGGAAGACUGUGCCCACCUGCAGCUGCUGUCCACCAAUAACAGAAUUUUCACAGUUGUAUACCUUUUUGGCUUUCGAUCCAGCUGUCUCCUCUCAUUUUCACUUGAUCCACAUCUGGAAAGAGGACUUGGAUGACGACGUGGAGCCAUUGGAGGAUCAGAUGUUUGUGUUCUGGUUGUGUGCCUACUCUUCUGAGACUGGGACAUGGGGUCAGAGCCAACCUGACUGGAAUGAACAAGGACAAUUGGAAGGAUGGCGCCAUCAGGGCAGUCUAGUAGAUUAUAAGGGCCCUCAGCAUGUCUAUAUUAAUGGCACCAUGCAUUUGAUUGUGCGUGAUUUGGAUCAACAUCAAGAUCAAAUAGUUGCUCUAGAUGUAAAAGGGAAGACAAAAAGGAUAAUCACAGUGCCAGCUGCAGCAGAGGGGAAGUCUUGGCAUUUUAUUGGUUAUAUUGGUCAAUCCCAAGGGUGCCUGCAUUACAUCAAUAAUGGUGUUGAUGCUCAUGACCCUAAAGAAAGCUAUGAACUGUCCAUCUGGGUCCUUCGAGAUUAUGAUACACAAGAAUGGGUGUUGAAGGACACUGUGAGCUUUAUGAAGCUCUUUGGAAUAAUGAGUUGCGGAAAGGGCAGGUCAGACUUCUUUAUGGUUGCCAUUCAUCAAGAUUGCAAUGUGGUUUUCUUUCUUCAACCCUGGAACCGACUAAUAUCAUACGACAUGGACAGCAAGGAAGUGAGUGUUAUUGCCACUUUUGAUCAUGACCUUUGGGAUGCAAGAAUUGCUCCUUAUACCCCCUGUUUCUCGGAGUCAAUGGCACUCACAAACAAGCACUGAAAGUGUAUGCUCUAACCAUGGAGCAGCUAGCAACUUGGUUAGGUUUUAGUGAACUUAGGUGCGAUGUUCUGUCUCUGCUUGCAUGUAUUCCUUAUUAUGCUUUUGGUCUAAUUAGUACUGCAAGCCUGCUGAUACAUUCAUAUAUUGCAUAUGUCCGUGCUUGCAAUGCAUUCUAUCGCAUGCUCUUGGUGUAACUAUACUGCAAGUGUGCUGAGAUGUUCAUGCAAUGUAUCUUUUCGCAUGCUACUUGUAUCAAUAACCGCAGUUCUCCCAGUUGAACACUUCAGAUUUUUGUGUU